CUGAUCAGAAGUCUUUCCUGAUCUGAACUGAGCUCUGGAGCAGCUGGGAAAACGCCAGGCAACCUACCCGUCCUGGCCCAGGCUGGGACCGGCGCAGCCCCUUCUUCCUCUGUGCCCCUUCCCCCCAGAAAUUCAUCAUGGAGAGUAAGGAUGAGGUCAGUGACACGGACAGUGGCAUCAUCCUGCAGUCUGGCCCAGACAGCCCUGUUUCACCAAUGAAGGAGCUGACCAAUGCGGUGCGCAAGCAGCAGAGGGCCCUGGAAGCGAGGCUGGAGGCCUGCUUGGAGGAACUGCGUAGGCUCUGCCUGAGGGAGGCGGAGCUGACCGGUACUUUGCCAGCAGAAUAUCCCCUUAAGCCGGGAGAGAAGGCCCCCAAGGUCCGGCGUAGGAUCGGAGCAGCGUACAAGCUGGAUGAGUGGGCUCUGCACAGAGAGGACCCCCUAAGCAGCCUGGAGCGCCAGUUGGCUCUGCAGCUUCAGAUCACCGAGGCGGCUCGAAGGUUGUGUGCGGAGGAGAACCUCAGCAGACAGGCUCGCAGGCAGCGGAAGCAUGCGGCUCUGCUAGAGGAGAAGAAACUGAGGGAGCUCGAACACCGCCUGGGUGAUCGGCGGAGGAACAGCGAGCCCCCUCCCACCACUGUGCCCUCCCUGGGCAGAGAGCUCAGUGCUUCGGAUGACAGCUCGCUGUCUGAGGGGCUACUCCUGGAGGAAGAAGAUUCCAAAGCACCAAAACCUCCCCCAGAGUCCCCAGCACUGGCACCGGCACCAGCACCACCUUCACGGCCUCUCCCACCCCAGAGCCUUGAGGGCCUGCAGCCAACAGGACCUGAGUCUGGCGGCUUAGAACGGGCCCCCAUCCAAAACAGUCCAUGGAAGGAGACCAGCCUGGAUCACCCCUAUGAGAAGCCCAGGAAGUCUUCUGAGCUCAGUAGCGAGUCCAGCAGCCCAGCCACCACUCCUCAGGAGCAGCCCAGCGCCUCCAGCCUGUGGCUGCUAGAUCCUGCCUCCUACCACAUGGUCCCCAUCAGAAAUGUUCCUGGCCAGCGGCAGGGCCGCACCAGUGCCCCAGCUACCCCUGAGAUGCAGGGCAGGAGGGGCCAGUCGCAGUCUCUGAGGAUGGACUCCUUCAGAUCAGGUGCGGAGGGCCGAGGUCGCAGUGCCUUUCCCCGCCGCCGCCCCACUCACUACACGGUGACCGUGCCGGACUCCUGCUUCACGCCCAGCAAGCCCCCGCUGCCACACCCUGCCUGCCACUCUUGCUCUGAAGACAGCGGCUCUGACGUCUCCAGCAUCUCCCACCCCACCUCACCCGGCAGCAGCAGCCCAGACAUUUCCUUUCUGCGGCCCCUCGGUCCCCCUGAGCCACCUCGCCAUCAUGGGGCCUGGGGCCCAGCCUAUGGCAGAGAGCUGGCCCCUCACUAUCCUAAACUUCUGCUGCCCGCUGGAUACUUCCCAACGGGGCGCUACGUGAUGGUGGCCGAGGGCCACCUGCCACCGGGCGAGUGGGAGCUGUGUCGUGCAGCCCUAAGUGCUGCCUACGACGAGGAGGGCGCUCCCCUACGCUACCAGCGGCUGGUGCCCUCCCACAGCCGCAUCGUGCGCACACCCUCAUUGAAGGACAGUCCCGCGGGCAGGGCACUCAGCAAGGCAGCCGUCUCCGAGGAGCUCAAGUGGUGGCAUGAGCGGGCACGUCUCCGGAGCAGUCGCCCCCACUCACUCGACCGCCAAGGGGCUUUCCGUGUUAGAAGCCUGCCUCCCGGGAGAGAGAGCUUCGGGCGGGCCUCAGGACCCCGGACACAGGUGCCCCCAGUGUGUGUACUCCGGAGGUCACCAGAUGGGGCUCCGGUGCAAGUCUUUGUGCCUGAGAAUGGCGAGAUCAUCAGCCAGGUGUAACUACGUUGAAAGCCCUGGCCACAGCUGGAAAAGACUUUCAUAUUGGAGCUGGGGUUGACACCCCUCACCCCUAAGUGCUUCUUUCGGCUCUCCUGCCCUCAUCGCCGGCCGAUGACUCAGAGCUGAAGCCUUUGUUUUUUACAUGAGCGUUUUCCAGAAGCCCUGACCUGAGGAUUUAUAUCUGUGAUUUGUCUUCACGGUUCCUAUAAUAUGAUUGUACUUUAUUCCCCGGAGUCUGGCCUUUUGGACUUAAGGACUUGCUGGGCUGAUGGCAGCAUUUAUCUUCUUAUGCAGUCCAAGUGGCCUAGAGGCCCCUUGGGAUUCUCCCGAUGCUCUGUGCCUUCUUCCUGAGGUAGCUGCUGGUUCCGACUGCAGGAGGCAGGAUGUGGUACACACACGACAAGGACUCUUCCCUUGUUCCCAGAUCUUUGGGUACCAUAUGCUGGGCAGGAUUCUCCUCUAGCUUUUAUGUGCUCUGUGAUGCACACUCAAUGGCAGGAAAGUCAUUAUGUCCUGGCGGAGCCUUGUCUUCCUGCUGUUCUCCCAACCCUACAGGCCUCUGCUAGCAGCCUCCACCUCUGUUCUGUCUCCAUACCUUUGAGCUCUCAGACCACUGAACCUGGAGUUUGAGGCUACACUAGACUGUCUAAUCAGGGGGCUGGUUGGUAGGGAACACCUCGCCCUUCAUAGCCAUUGCUGGCCAAUGUGAGCCUAGGCUGGUUAGCAAGUAUGCCCUCAAAUCUUCAUAGUCCUAGAAGCCAGCACCUUAAAAAAAUGUAUACAUGUAAAUAUAUAUAUACAUAUAUAUGUAUAUAUAUAUGAGAAUACGUUUUUUUGAGUGCCACUUCUGUGGCAUGUUUGAGGAGGCAGU